AUGAACUCCGUCCGCGCCGCGACCCGCGCCUCGCGCACCGCCCUCACCGCUUCGGCUCGCACAGCAGCUCCCCGCCGAGCCUUCUCACUGUCACAAACGAAGCGAUCGGGUCACGGACCCAGCUACGACCCCCCGUCCGGAUGGCUCUUUGGCGUUAAGCCUGGCGAGCAGUAUGAGAAGGAGGGGUGGGAGAAUGCUAUGUAUUGGGGUUUUGGGGGUGCGUGUGCGUUUGGGGUUGUGGCUUAUGCUUUUAAGCCGGAUACUAGCAUCCAAACCUGGGCCCUAGAAGAAGCACGCCGAAGACUCGAAGCCGAGGGCAUCCUCGCAGACCCCGACACCGUCAAGAAGGAGUAA